AUGGCUGCACUCACCAUGACUCCCUCUCGCCAGCCCUUUGCUAGCUUGGACUCGCCCAGAAUGCGUCCAAUGAUGCGAUCCAAGCUGAACCGUCAGAAUCAAUUGAGUGGAGCCGCCCUCUCCGCAAAGAGUUCCAUCUUCGUCGACGAUGCCGAGAACAUUGACCCGACUACACUCAGCCUCUCCUCCAAACGCAAGAGGUCCUGGGACGAUGAGGAUGAUGUCUCGAAGGGUUCCCCCAAACCGCUCAAGACCUCCCGCCUAACACUCACCACCCGCGACCAUCUCACCCCUCGACUAUCAACCCCAUUCAAGAAUGGCCCUUCCACCUCAACCCCCCAAAUCCGCACCUAUCUUCAAACCCGCUGGUCGACACCCGGUCGCCGGUCGAUCGCCAAGGUCCGUCCGGAGCCCACCAAACGCGGCGUCGCUCGCCCUUUCUCCCUUGCAGCGGCCCUCUCGCAGGGUAAGACCAAGACACCAUCCACUCCCAAGCCUCAACCCAAGGCCCCGGCCUCUUGGUUCUUCGACAUCCACGUCGACUCGGAGCAAGAGGAAAUGACCAACCUGAUGGAACACUCCACUGGCGUCCUCGAUAUCAGCGACGAUGAGGGCAAGGCUAUGCCCGCGGCAAGGAAAACGUUCCCCCCUAGCGAACUGGGUCUCGAUCUUCCCCGCUCCCAGCAGGCCACUCCCCUCGCUGCCUCAUCAGCUGCACGCAAGGACAAGAUGGAAGAAGACCGUGCCCCGCUGGGUGAGCUGACUGCUUCCGACUACUAUCCCGAAGAUUGCAACGCCUUCUCCUUUGUCGUUGUCCAUGACGAUGAGGACGAGAAUGUCUCGGCAUCUAAAAAGGCCUUCUCCGCCCCGCCGAGCCAAGCUGCUUUCAUGCCUCCGGCCAUCACUGCUUCUAUCGAUUCUCUGCUGGCAACCGCCAUGUCCAGCCCCACCGUUGGCACGACUGAAACAUCCAGAGACUCUGAUGUCAUCGAUAUCUGUGAAGCAUCAAGCGCGGCUGGUGAUACUCAGUCAUCCGAAACGAACGCAUCAUCAUGA